AUUAACAGGUCCAACAUUAGGCUUUUCUGACGCUUGGCUUCUUUUCCUCAGCCCACCAUGGAGCCCCUGGGAAUGACCGGUAUUCUCUUGCUGAUCUGCAUCUCAUGCCUUCUCUUUGCCACAUGGAGAAGCAGAUCUCAAAAAGGGAAGGAGCCUCCUGGUCCCAUGGCACUCCCCCUUAUUGGAAACCUGCUCCAGCUGAACCCUCGGGAUUUGCCUGAAAGCUUGAAGCAGCUCAGUGAGAAGUAUGGUCCUGUCUUCACAGUACGUUUAGGCCCGAAAAAGGCUGUGGUGCUSUAUGGCUAUGAUGCUGUAAAAGAAGCUCUGGUUGACCAAGGAGAUGACUUCAGUGGAAGAGACAUUCUACCACUGUUUGAGAAACUCUUCAAAGGCACAGGUAUCGUGACCAGCAAUGGGGAGACCUGGAAGCAGCUGCGACGAUUUGCAAUCACCACCCUGCGGGAUUUCGGGAUGGGGAAAAAGGGCAUUGAGGAGCGAAUCCAGGAGGAAGCUCAUUUUCUGGUGGAGAGRAUCAAGAAUACACAUGAGCGACCCUUCAACCCUGGAAAUUUCUUAAUCCAUGCUGUUUCCAACAUCAUCUGCUCCAUCGUCUUUGGGGAUCGCUUUGACUAUGAGGACAAGAAAUUUCUAGAUUUAAUUGAUUGGAUAGAGGAAAACAACAGGCUCCAGACCAAURUACAAGUCCAGUUAUAUAAUUUCUUCCCAACUGUCAUGGAUUAUCUACCUGGACCUCAUAAACAAGUGAUGGAAAAUUUUGAAAGAGUUGAUAAAUUCACAACAGAUAUCAUAAAGGAACACCAGAAAACCCUGGAUCCCACUUGUCCUCGAGAUUUUAUUGAUGCUUUUCUUAACAAAAUGGAACAGGAGAAAGGGAAUGAUGACACAAAAUUCACGGUUGAGACCUUGAGCAGAACCACACUCGACUUGUUCAUUGCAGGAACAGGGACCACAAGCMUCACACUGAGAUUUGCAAUGCUGAUUCUCCAUAAAUACCCAGAGAUAACAGAGAAAAUGCAGAAGGAGAUUGAUACCGUGAUUGGCCGGGACCGAAGCCCCUGCAUGUCAGAUCGGAGCCAGAUGCCCUAUACAGAUGCUGUGAUCCAUGAAAUCCAGAGAUACAUUGAUUUCCUUCCUCUUGAUGUCCCACAUGCUGUGAUCAGAGACACCAAGUUCAGAGACUAUUUUAUCCCCAAGGGCACUAUGAUAAUCCCUAUGCUGAGUUCCGUCCUAUAUGACAGCAAGGAGUUUACAAAUCCAGAAAAAUUUGACCCAGGACAUUUCUUGAAUGYAAAUGGUACCUUUAAAAAGAGUGACCACUUCAUGCCAUUUUCUACAGGAAAACGCAUCUGUGCAGGAGAAGGUCUGGCCCGGAUGGAGAUAUUCAUAUUUUUAACAUCCAUCCUGCAGAACUUUACUUUGAAGCCUGUUAUAGAUCGCAAGGACAUUAACAUUAUUCCAGUAACCACCAGUGUGGCAAGAAUGCCCGCAGACUAUGAGAUCUCUUUUGUUCCACGUUAACCAAGUGAAGACAGCUGCCAGCUCCCAAACCCAUGACUGUCAUUCCCCAGCCCGUUGAGACUGAAAUACUCAGAUCAUUUGGUAGCUGCUUCAUGGAGAGAGGAGUGCUUAGAAAAGAAAAUUGUAUGGUGCUUUUAUAAUCAACACAGCCAGCUCUUAACUGAGCAGACAAUCACAUAGGGAAGGACACAGCUGCCUGUGCAAAACCAUACAGGUUCUCCUCUGCAUUUACCUCGCCCAGCUCUGGUUCCUGUCUGGCUCCUAACAUGCCAGGCUGUCUGAACUAGUUCUCUGAGAGCCCUGCUGCUGCUGUCCCUAUCACCUGAUUCUCUCAGCACAGCAAGAACACACUCUCCUACUCCAGGGUUUUUACACUAUGUUUGAAGUCCUCUCCCCUCUGUACUUUUGGUUUGUUUGUGAUCUAUUUGUAAAGGCAAGCAUAAAUGCAGAGUAUUUUUGCAUUUGACGAUGGGUCACCUUGUGUGUGAUUAUAAUGAAUGUUUGUGRAAUUACAAUUUAUAAUGCAAAAUAAAGUAAUAUGCUGAAUUGUUUUUUAGAGA